AGUGCAGCAUUUCAAUUCAGAGGUACAGUAAGUGAUACUCUUCACAGACUGCUGAUAUUUGAAGAGAUUUUGAGGUCUUCUCUGAGAUUGAUACAUUGAUUCAUUCAAGCAUCAAAAAUGAGUCAUUUGGAAGGAAAGUCUCCUGAUGAGCGCAGAGCAGCGCUGUUCACAAAACAUGGAUACACAUUACAGAAAAAACUUGGGCAAGGAGUCUCAGAUGUAGCAUUUCUUGUGAACAACUUAGAGGAAGAUUUGUAUGUAAUCAAAGAGAUUAACUGCAGAUAUGAAAGUUCUGACACAGUCAAAAAAGAAGUUGAUAUCAUAAAACAUCUGAACCAUGCAUAUAUUGUUGAUUAUGAGGAUUCAUUUGAAGACAGAGAAGCUGGACUUUUUUAUAUAGUGAUGGAGUACUGUGCAGAAGGUGAUCUUAACAAAAGGAUGCAAACACAGAGAGGAAAUGGGUUCAAAGAAGAACAGAUCCAUGACUGGUUUGUGCAGAUUUGUUUAGCUCUGAAGUAUCUCCAUGAGAAGAAUAUUCUUCACAGAGAUAUCAAGCCACAGAAUGUUUUUCUGACUGAGUAUGGUUACAUCAAUUUAAGAUGCUUAAUAGCAUUGGAAAGAGCCGACCAGUAUACAAAUUCAGGUGUGGGUGCAGAACUCUAUGAUAGCCCAGAAGUUUUUAAAGGAAGAUACGCUUCUAAAAGUGACAUCUGGUCAUUGGGAUGGUUGCUACAUGAUCUGUGCAUGCUUGAUGUCUGGUCAGAUAUUCUAGAGCGUCGCUUUCUACAUGCCAUCAGCAUGAGAGGAACUCCCCCCGACAUAUCAGAGAAGUACUCAGAGGAGCUACGGGAACUGAUCAAAGAAAUGCUCAGCUGCGACCCUAAUGAAAGACCUUCGGUCGAUGACAUUUUAGCAAAACCAUUCUUAAACGACUCGGUAAAAAAAUAUAAAAAAAUUCCAGAGGCACUUGAACAGAAGUUCAUGAAGUCCAUCAGGGCCUUUGAUCAGGCCUACAACAAGCACUAUAUUGAGCUGGAGAUCUUAGUCAGUGAAUGGGCAAAAGCAACAGAUUCACUAGAGGAUAUUCAUUAUAAAGCCACUGCAGGCAGUCUGUCAGGUGGAGUGAUUGGAGCCGCUGGUGGCAUCACUGCAGUGGUUGGUGCAAUUUUGGCACCGUUCACUCUUGGUGCCUCUUUGAUUGUAACAGGUGUGGGUGUUGGUGUAGGAGUUGCUGGUGGUUUAACAGGUGCUGCCUCCAACAUUACCAAUACAGUAAAACAAAAAUCACUCCGUGAGAGCCUUGAAAAAAUUGAACAGACUUAUAAGAAUGCGAGUGCACCUAUUCUAAAUUCACUGAAAACACUGAAACAAUUGAUGAAAAAAAUAGCUAAGUUCUGUGUUUUUGUCAGCGCAUCAACACUGGAUAAUGCACAGAUGGCAUGGAGAGUAGGCAGAAGUACAGUAUCAUGUGUAACAGAAAUCAUGCAUAUAUGCCUGUUGGCAAAUAUCGGCCGAAUUGGUGCACAAGCUGCCAAAAUAGGACGAGCCGCAGCAGCAGCUUCAGGUGUGUUAAGUGGUAUCUUAAUCAUAGCUGACGUUGCCUUCAUAGUAAAAGAUUCAAUGGAGAUUCAUGAGAUGAGAAACACGAAAACAACAAAUGAUCCUGAACAGUUCAAAUCCAGUGUACUCAGGUCUAUUGCACAGAUGAGAAAAACACAUCAAGAGCUCUGCAAUGUCUUGGACGAGAUUAAAAACACAAGAGAGGAACUAAAAGAGUAUAUAGAAAAAGCUGGCACAAACACAUGGACACAUGAUUCUGCCGAUACUUAGAACAUGUGAAUUUGAGGCUGUAGUAGGGGAUGGGUGGCAUUUCCUUUUUACAUAUAUACAUAAGGACUCAUUGUAGCGACAUGUCAUGCCAUUCUCUACUCAGUUCAGGUGAUUAUGUCACAGGAUCAACAGUCUUCGGAUGUCAUCACAUAUUUAACCGCAAUAUUUUUAAUUAUACUUAUACAGUUAAUAUAUUAGUUUAGUCACAUUUAAACUAUCAAAACUAUAUUUUAGAUAUUCUAACCCAACCCCAACCGGAAACAUAACCACUUUUCAACAAACAAAGAACAUGCAAAAGGGAAAUAAAUGUACAGUCGCAGUAACUGAUUCAAGAUAUUGCCAAACAAGCACUUCAGAAGUAUUUCAAACAACUUGUGUUGCAUUUAAGGUAUUAUACAGAGUAAAAAUAAAGGUUUUAAUCCCUGAAAAUCUUCCUCUCUGUCAAGGCUGUCACAUCUCAUUUAAAAAUAUACAUCCAAUCGGUCACAUGGCCUAGUUUUUGACUGUCAACAUUUCUAUAAACAGAGCAAGACUGUAAAUUAUUCCUUGAAUACGCAUCUUAAAAGUUAAUUCUGAUUGUACAACUGUACAAUUUGUAGCUAAAACUUGUUCAAAAGUAUACAGUAGCUAAUAUUAAUAAAACAAAAUAACAUUAUGGACUUUGUGCCUUUAUUAAUCAAUUUCAGUGUCUCAAAGGUUCUUGUUUCAUCUCAUCACUUGUCAGUUAAUACCCAAUGCUAUUGUGGCAAAAACAUUGAUUUAAUGAAAGAGAAACUAAACAAACUGAAAAUGAAACAAUUCUUGUCAUUUUUGUAAUUCAAUUUACACACAGAACACCCUUGAUAAUUGAUAAUAGAUGAAGACGAUAAUAGAUGAAGUCUUUGUCACAAGAGAAUUUUUACUUGUAUUAUAUAUAUAUAUAUAUUAUAAAUAUUUUUAUGCAAAGUUAUUUAUUAUUAACCAAGUUUUCAAAGCGGAGGACUUUGUACAGGUCAUAUCAAACAACAUAAAAUAAGUUAUCAUAUGUUAUAACAAACAUGGUUAACCAAAACAAAAAUAAAUAGCUGUUUUUCCACCAUCCACGAACGUUUCUCAUCACUAACCGUUCCAUGUCAUGCUCAGAACCGUUCAGCACAAUGGUGGAAAAGCUGCUUAUGAGAGUUUCAAAAGAAAAGAAAAACAUGUCUCCACAGCUUGCUGCAUCCAAAGCGCCCCAACAACAAUGGAAUAUCUUAAAUAUUUCAUGAAAUUAUCCUCAAGCAAUGAGUCAUCAUAUUCCAGUGCACAGUUUAGGGAAGUGCUGAAACUAGGAUUGGCCAGGAACUUCCUAUCUUAUGCACAGAUUGUGCUUUAAGAGGGAAUAAACAAGAAUCAGAAAGUGUGAACACUGAGUCAGAGCAGGUGUGUGUAACAUUACCUGAGAUUCAACAAUUAAGAGAAAGAGUUAAAGUCAGAGACCAUGAUAUUUGUUAAAAACAUAAAAAACACUGUAGAUCAACUUAAAAAGAGUCUGGGUGAGUUAAGAAACAUAAUAAACACAAACUCUAAGAUUUGUGAGUAGUUGCAGUAGUGUAUGUUCCAUCAUCUAAGAUAUAUGUUAUUAUUAAUUAGUAUAGUGGUGGUGGUAUGACUUAGGAAAUGUACCUGUAUAUCUUGGGUUUUCAUGAAAUGCUUCUAAACUAAUACUGUCUGUUAGGUAUCACUAGGUAAACCUUGAACCAUCCAUGCUCGUAAACAGUUGAUUAGUUACAACAAGAAUUAUCUUGUCUUUGUAUUUUUGUAAGUUAUUUUUUUUAAACCGAUGUUUGUAAAUAACAACACAGUUUGACAACACACAGUAUGCAAAUAAACAAUCCAAUCAGUGUUUGCAUUUCA